AUGGAACAACAAGCGACCUACCAGGAGCCCCAAUCACGGGAGCCUUCUUCACUCUUCUUCCUGUCUUUGGGCGAUCGUAACCCGACGACCAUCAUCUUACUCCAUGGCGGCUUAUCGUGUCAUCUCGAAUGGACUGAAGUAGUUCCCCAUUUGGUCGGUCGCUACCACGUACUCCUCCCGGAUCUACCUUCCCACUCGGCGUCAAGACAUAUUAAGCUGGUGUCUAUCGAGGACGUGGCCGACCGCGUGGCCGACUUGAUUCGAACACACGCCCACGACUCGCGAGCGCACGUCGUUGGGCUAUCUAUGGGUGGCUUCAUUGCGCAGCGACUAGCAAUCGAUCAUCCCUCACUCGUCAUGUCGCUUUUCGUUACCGGGGCAGAGCCAUACAGAGAGGGUAUACGACUGACCGUUGCCCAUCAGCCGGUACUGGUGUUUUGCGUGGUCUGGCUGAUACUUUUCCUGCCGGAUUGGCUGUAUUGGCUCUAUGCGUCGUGGAUUGGGUUUCGACGUCACGAGGCCUUGUUGGUGGAAAUGCGCAAGAACUGCAACCUGGAGAUGCUGCGUAAUGAGUUCGGGUCUAUUGUUCGAUAUAAACUAUCGGAUGUGAAGAGGAUCCAGUCGAGGACGAUUACUGUUGCUGGGGGAAAACAGGAUGAUGUGGCUGGCACCGCGUUAGUGGGCGAUGCAUUGAGACAAAGAGACAUUGAAGGCUCUGGAUCAAGAUUUAUGUCAAGGUCGGUUGUUGUAAACCAAGCCUUGCAUGCCUGGAAUCUUCAAUAUCCAGCCCUCUUUGCCGCGGGCAUCCUUGCAUGGAUUGAGAACACGGCUCUACCCGAGGAAUUCCACGAUAUCUGA